AUGGAGGAUGAUUCUUUUGAUCAAACGGCUAAGGAAACAUCUCAACUUCUUUUUUUAGUGUUUGAAUCUUUAUUGCAUGAGCUAAAAAAAUGUGAUUUAAGUAGUCUUCAAAAGACCUCUCAUCGUUCAAGACACUCUGAUGGAUCAAGAAAGAAGACUUUUGAAAUUUUACGAAAGAUCAGUGUCAUUGUCGGAGAAUCUGUUCUAUUGGAUGCUUUUUCUUUGGCGACUACUGAAUCCAUUAGAAGAGUUGAUGAGAAAAUUUACAAUCAAAGUGAAGUUGAACCAAUUCAGGAUCAAAGUGAAGUUGAACACAUUCAAGAUCAAAGAGAAACUUCUCCUGAUCUUUAUGAAGACGCUGAUGAAGACGACGACACCUCAACUGAAUCACGAAUAGAGCCUUUACUUGAUGGUGACCGAGAUAAAGAAUGGAUUAAUGCUUUGAAUGGAACAAGACGAAUACCCAAGCAAAAACUUCAUUUGUAUCAGGUCAACGAGGCGCCGCGAAGUGCUGUAAGACUGACGCUGUAUCGAAAUCACAAUUGGUGUCCUUGUUUAUUCUACAAAAAUGAGGUAUUGAAAACGCGAAAACGUUGGUCGUGUUCACAUUGGGUAGCGCUGAGAUUGGCGGAAAUGAUGGAAACGGUUGUGAUUGAGGAAAUGAGUCCCGAACAAAUCAAACAAAUGGUUGUUGCAAGUUUCUGUCACAUUGAUUUU